AUGUCCUUUCCUUCAAUCAACAAGGCCCUCGAGCUAACCGCGUUCGGCGCUCCGUUAAAGCCGCUUGAACUACCAAUUCCUGAAGCAACGUCAGGGUCCGUCGUCACACGCGUCUUGGCGGCCCCCAUCGUUCCCUACACUUAUUACGUUCACAGUGGGAUCAUUCACCAGCUGAAAUUGAAACCCCCUUUCAUCCCAAACUCUGCUAGCAUUGGACGCGUCCACUCGGUCGGCCCUGACGCUGUGCGACUCAAGCCUGGCGACCUCGUCUUCAUCAAAUCUCAGAUCCACGCGCGGGAUUAUCCUCAAGCGAAGGUAGUCCCAGGUCACAUCAACGGCGCUAGCCCUGAGGCACAAAAGUUGAUGGAUGGCGAGUUCGGUAGCGGGGCCUUUCAGCAGUACCAGAAAGUACCUAUGGAGAACUGCCUGAAGCUCGAUGAAAGCCGGCUGUGCAAUGCGUUGGGCUAUACGCCUGCCAUCCUGCAAUCUCUUACCAUGUAUACAGUAGCUGCUGGAGCCAUCAUUGAAGCCGCCGAUCUCAAGGCCGCCGAGACGAUAGUCAUAGGUCCUUCAGGAGGAGCCUUUAGUGGGCUCGCUGUGGAGGUUGCGCUUGCCCUGGGUGCCAAUGUUAUUGCGCUCGGGCGCAACGAGAAGAAACUUGCGGAUUUUAAGAAGACUGUGAAUAAUCCACGCCUCCAGUAUGUUGUCAUGACGGGAGAUGACGACGUUGACACUGCGGCGAUCUUGGCAAAGACGCCUGACGGAGAGGGCGCCGAGGUCUUCAACGACUGGACCCCAGGGGAAUGUUCGGAAGCUUUGUGGCUUGGUCCUGGUUCUCGUGUCCUCAAACUUGGUGGACGUAUUGUCCUGAGCGGCGGGACUCCCGGCGGCCUAGGUGCCAUCAACUAUGCGGAAGCGGGAUUCAAGGAUCUUCUCAUUAUCAGCAAAUGGGUUUGUAACCGGGCUACAACGGAGAGACUCAUCAGCAUAAUUACACAAGGGUUCUUGAAGAUUGGAGCCGAGAGCGGCACGAGGGUUAAGGUGUAUGGCUUGGAUAAGGCUGCGGAAGCGAUUGAGUAUGCUAAGGACAAUGGUGGUUGGAGACACUAUACGGUCAUGAGCCCUUGA